AGUCUUUGAUGAGCUGAUUCUGCAAAAACGACAUGUCGUUCGUGUGUUGUUAGCCAUAUUGACAUUGAGACAGUGAGAACGACAAGUUUGGUCUGAACUCCGAAGAGAGCAGAGAAAUGGCGACGGCAGCAUGUCAGAAGCUUCUGGAAUUGAGCACGAAGAUCGUCGGCGUUGGCAGAAACUACGCCGCUCACGCUAAAGAACUAGGCAACGCCGUUCCCAAGGAGCCAGUGUUGUUUCUGAAACCCACGUCGUCUUACUUGAAAAAUGGCGGAACCAUUCAAAUCCCACACAACGAGAGUUCUCUGCAUCACGAGGUUGAGCUCGCUGUUGUCAUCGGGAAGAAGGCUCGUGACGUGCCGGAAUCCUCUGCCAUGGAUUACGUUGCCGGUUAUGCAUUGGCACUGGAUAUGACUGCCAGGGACCUUCAAGCUGCUGCCAAGUCUGCAGGUCUUCCGUGGAGUAUUGCAAAAGGCCAGGAUACUUUCACACCGAUUAGUUCUAUUUUGCCCAAGUCUUCAGUACCAAACCCUGAUGAUCUAGAAUUAUGGAUAAAGGUAGAUGAGGAAAUUCGGCAGAAGGGCUCAACCAAGGACAUGAUCUUCAAGCUCCCAUUUUUAAUUAGCCACAUAAGCUCGCUCAUGACAUUGUUUGAAGGAGAUGUCAUACUAACCGGUACUCCCCCUGGUGUUGGCCCUGUGAAUGAAGGUCAAAGAAUUACUGCAGGUAUUACCGGCCUUGUGGACGUAGAGUUUAAUGUUGAAAAAAGGAAAAGACCAGGAAGUUCUUGAUACUUUUACAAAGUUGAAACAAAGAGGAUACACCAUAAAAACUCCGUUAUUUGGAGUUGAGUUCACACAAUAAUUAUUAGUUUGUUUUCUCCUCAUGGAAUCAGUACUUCAAUUCUCCGUUGGAAGUCCUAUUUUAGGCAUGUAUCAUGAAAAAUGUGACAAGUAUUUGCUACUGUGAAAAAUAAUCUUUCUUAUGUACUUGGGGAAGUAAACAUUGUAUGAUAGAUAGGAAAUAGCUUUCUCGUCUAUUACAAAUGAUAUUAUUCAUAUCCCAUUUAAUCAAAGAGUUGUUCAGAGACAAA